GACAUUUGAAAUAGGAAUGUAAACAGACGCGCAGCCUUGAUUUGACAGAACGGGAAAUGAAACAUUAUCAAUAUCAUAUUUGGUGUUCGUGGUGAGUUUGAAGUUUUAGCUAGAUUAUAUUUUUCGUAAACUAUGCUGUAGAUUUCGAUUUUGUUAUUGUUUGCGUCAAGCGCUUCAUUAAUCAAAUGAAACUAUAGACGGAAAAAUAUAUUUCUUUUUCAUGAAUGUGUGGGACUGCGCUGUCAGCUGUCGCUGGCUAGUGCUAGCGGCUGCGCUGCGAUCCCGCUGGCGAUGCGCUGCUCAGCUCAGCCAGCAUCAGCGCAUUUGUCCCUGGUCUGGAGCUGGACGGUGUGAAUGACAUUUUGGCAGAUGAGAUUUGUAACUAAUGUACUUGAACGAUAGACUAGGCUAGGGUGCCAGUGCACUAUCGCACCUGGCGAUGUUAGCUAGUAAAAGUUUUAUUUUUAUUUAUUUUAUCACCUCAAUUUUUGUCAAAAUUUAUUGCCGAGGCCGAAUUGGCGAAUAUAAUUUUUUUUUAUAAAUAAAUGUCAAUGAAUGAGAGUUGGAUCGCGCGUGCUUAGACAGCUGGCAGCCGUCUGUUUCGAGGAGUUUUUUUUACUUUUUUUUUUUUUAAAUUUCUCCUCGUACACAGACGGCUCGCUAGCGUGCAGCCACCAUUAGGGGACUUGCAAUGCAAAAUCCCCCCGUCGGGGCUCUUCAAUUUUUGUCUUUAAUGAAUAAAAAUUUUGAAAAUUAACGCGACCAAAAUGCAAAUUAAUAUUCCCUCUUGGCAUUAAUUGCCAAAAAACGGAGAAAAAUCAAGUUAAAAGGAAAAAAAAACAGUGACUUACCUCGGCUGUCGCGCAAAUUCACUUCCCCGUUUUAUCCGAUCUUAAGUACAUAAACAUAUGGCCAUUGAGUCCCCUGUACAGAUCGCGCUAGAACUUCGGUCUCUGUAUUUGGUGAGUGAAGCCAACGGAGUUCAGCUGAACAACCAACAUAACAGAGACCGAAGCUUUUGGUCUAGCGCGUGCUGUGAUGCCACUUCUGCUGGCGUCCACAGCACACGACUUCCAUGGUUUGAUUUUUCUGUGCGCGGCGGCAUGUAAUGAACCCUUGAGUGAUGAUAGCCAGAUAGUAGGUACGUGACAAUCCGCGCUUCCGCUGGUUAUUUCUUGCACCGCGCUACCGUUUCGCCUCUUGUUCGAGUGCACAGUGCAUGUCUCUGCUUAAAUCGCUGUAGCGGUGCUAUUUUUAGACCUUACAUCAUGAAUGGGGUAUCGAUCAAGAGAUCGGGAUUCACACUUGAUAUCGCAUCUUAAUUUUUUUCCGUACGAUGAACAAGGACUGAGAUACGACCAUCAAAAGAUUGGAGACGGAUUCGAUGCCUUGAAUUUCAACAAAAGAAGGUAUGUAUAGUUUUGAAUGUUAUAUAUCUACAUAGAAUAUUUAUUUAAUUACCUGCAUAUGAAAUAUCUAAGUGAUUUGAUUACCGAAACAAUGUUUUUUAGCUCCGAAACUUGCUGUAUGUGCCAAGCAAAAAUUGGCUGCAUGACCGCGCGCGCAUUAUAGGCAUCCUGGCGAGUUUUCACGGGGCUGCGCUGGCCUAGUAUGUGGCUGCCAGGUGUGCUAGUGCGCUGAUCUUGCUGCUCGCUGAAGUGGGGUUUAUUGUUUGUUUACCAAAUUAACUGCUCUUUUCUUUCGUGUUUUGGAUUAAUAUAACUGCAUUCAAAGAUAUUGGGGGGAGGGCAACUCUCCAAAUUUAUUUUGAAAAAGAAAGCUGGGCAGAUUGAGGCUUAAUCAGUGUGAGUGUGUGAACAUGGUGAAUUGGCUCCCCAGGACUACGAGGCAGGACCCAUUCCCCUUCUUUUAAAAAGGAUUAUUUUUUAAUAGCUUCUUCCAUAUUCUUUAUUUUCUCAUUUCUUUUCUAUUUUUUCUUUUCCUUUUUUAAAAUUUUCACUUCUUUUUUUUUAAUGUUCUUUUGUUUAUUUUUUUUUCAUAUUUCCCCUUUAGGUUUUCUUUUAUUUUUUGUUUCUUUUUACCCUUGUUUAAAUUUUCUUUCUGUUUUUCUUUUCCCCAGUUUUGUUCCCCUGUUUUGUUCCCCUCCCUCUUUAAACCCAAUCUUUAAUCAUAUUAAUAAUGAUUAAUGAUAAUGAUACUAUCAUCACACUCUAUUUAUUUAUUGUUUCUUUCUUCAUAGAACAGAUCAUGCCACCAAAAAAGAAGAGAGUUGCAACAAGUUUUCCACAGAAGACUGGAAAAAAAAGAAAGUAUCUUGAUGACAACUUUGAUGAGCUACCCAUUGAUCCAAAGAAUCUCAGAAAUGGACACAUUUUGCUACUGUACCUAAAAAAUGGAAAGUCCCCAACAGCAACAAACAAAUUCAUCAUGGAGAAAUAUUCCUGUAAAUGUGCCAGAAACCAGUUGCUAAAAAUUUUGAAUCACAAUGCCAAAUUUUCGGACAGCACUUCAGAGCAUGUUAUGAAAAGAUACCAAGCCUUUUGCCAAGAGAUUUUUCCAUCGCCAGAUGGCCCAGGAGAUAGCAAUCCAGAACCUUCAAGUGCAAGUGGCUCCAGCAAAACACCCUCAACUGCAACUCAACCAGAAGGAUCACCAGAUUCCAGUAACUUCAUCAGUAGCCUUCCCACAGUAACCCCCAAAACAUCACAGUCUUCUGACAAAUUGAGUUCUUCAACGGGUAUGCGUUCUUCUAAACGGAAACAACCAUUGACACCAAUGAAAAUUCAACUGAAAAGAAGAUUAAACUUUCAAGUAGAGUCAAAAUGUGCCAUGAAAGAAGGAUAUAAGAAGAAGGUGCAGAAAUUAAGAUCAGCCAUUAACUUUCAGAACAUCCAUAAAAUCAAAUACUUGAAUCAAGAUAUUGCACGAAAACAAAACAUAAUUGCAAAGAAAGAUGCAAAAAUAAAAGAAUUGAAAUCUCAGUUGUCAAAUUCAUUUGUAGCUGAACAGCUAAAUGAAAAGAAGAAAAGGGCAAAAAGUAAGAGACAAAAUAAAAAGCGUACUGCAAAGGAAAAAUCAAUGGCUAAAAAUGGAACUAUAGAAAAACAAAGGGCUGAGAUAAAUGAAUUGAAAAAGAAACUUAGUGAGGCAAACACUACAAAUAAACAAUUAGAAGAUGAAAACUUGACACUAAAGGACACCAUUGAAAGCACUUUUAAUGGUAACUGCUCCUUUCAAAAAGAAGGGAAAACAUAUUCGGAUGAAACAAGAAUGUUUGUUUAUGAUGCAAUUGUCAACAAUGUUCCCACGGGAAACAUCCCCAAACUACUCAUGCAAUUUGGAAAGAGAGCUGGAAUAGAAAUUGAGGAUGUUCCACACAGAAAUACGAUUGAAUUAAUGGCCCGUGAACUUGGGGUCGUGUCAGAUAUAAUGAGUGCGGAAGUAUUAGUAGAGCAGGAGAACAUCACCUUGGGGUUUGAUGCCACCACACAAGAGGGGGUUCAUGUGAACAGUGUUCAUUUCACAACUAAUGACAAGGCGUACAUUGUUGCUGUCGACCAGUUGCCAGGGGGCACAGCGGAGGACUAUUUCUUGCACAUAAGCCAGACUAUUGACAGUUUGACAGAUACUUAUUGUUUGUAUUACAGUACAGACUUCACAGCAACACGAGACAAAAUUAUUCGUAACAUAUCCAAUACAAUGACAGAUAGGGCCGCCGUCAAUCAUGCAACAAUAAAUCUAUUAGAACUUGAUUGGGGCAAGAAACUGAAUGAAUUAAACUGUCACUUGCAUCCGCUUGACACUAUCGCAAGUUCUGUUCGUACCUCUCUUAAAGCAACCGAGCCUGAAGGGCCAGUUAAAAAACUGUAUGGAUCAGAUUGCAUAGCACACCAGUGUAUUCUCAGUUUCAAUAAAAUGAGGUACAAAGACGGAAAGGGAGAUCCAAAGGGUUUCGUCAAUGCACUUGAGGGUCAUGGCCUACCAAAAGGUUUACUACCUCGUUAUCGUGGUAAUCGGCUUCAUGUUAUGUUCGACAUAAGCGGAAAACUUGUUGAGCAUGAAGAGUUUUUCAUAAAACUUCUCACUGAAGGCACUGUGUCAUGUGGAGGUUUGCAAACUUCCCUUCUGCAUGAUUACAUGCUACCAGUUGCCAAGGUGGAGUUUCAGGUAUUAGGACUCCUUGGGAAGGUCCUAACCGGGCCCUGGAUGACGAAGUUUUACACCAGCUCGGACUCGGACAUCAGCCAUGUGGAUGGUAUUGGCAUCGUCAAAAGGGUUGUUGAUGUCAUUAAAGCUUCAACGCCGGAAGAUAUGUUGACAACGACCAAGAAUUUCUUUGGGGAAAGCCUGUCACCCACUGACAAGACAAUUACCUCCUUGCAGAAACCCCCAGCUGAUGAUGAUCUCUUCACAUCGAUGAUGACAGCCUCUUUAGAGAAGAUAGUGCAAGUUCUAGAGAGACAAUACUCCAAAUACUUUCAAACUGAUAUCACUGAAACCUUCUGUGCUGAAACCGAAUCGGCGAGGUGUCACAAUAUUGAUGCGGAGUGUGUAAUGGGCAUGUUUAGUGCUGCUACUGAUCAUGCUCCUAAUGCCACAAUGUCCUUCUUGUCAGCAACAAUCAAGGGCCGUAAGAACCAUGUAGUGGAUUACUUGGAUGACCUGGAAGUGGAAAAGAGGAAGAAACUUAUCAAAAUUGCAACAACACAUGGAAGAAAGGAUACAGUAAAAAAGAGGAAGAAAGCUGUUGAAAUAAGGGAAGAAAUUUCCAAUAGAAUGAAGAAGAAAGUGCAAAAGAAGAGGUCGCUGGAACGAAACAAGCUUGAAAGAAAGAUCAAGCAGUGUGAUAUAUCAAGUAUUGCUACUACAUUUAGUGACUUGGAUAAAGAAAUCCAAACCCAACUUAAAGACCUAUUAAGUGGAAAGUUGGUUGGUCAUCAGAUAUGCCACGUAUGGUAUGACGAAGAAACUCAUUGCAAAACAUUAUAUAGGGGUAAACUUGAAAAGUUCAUGAAGAAAGGCACUUACCGCAUCGGAUAUUGGGCAGACCUUAAUGAAUCAUACGAGGAAGAUGCAGUUGACUAUGAUAUUCCAGCAGCAGCCCUAGCUGCUGACUUGAUAUGUCAGGAUUUAACCAUGUCUUAGGUAGGUCCGUAGUCGAGGCCGGCCGUUCCGAGUCACAAGGCCGCUGUCAAAAUAUUUUUCCCAUAGACUUUGUAAACGUGACUCGGUCAGAGGCCAAGGCCGGCAAAAUUCGGCCUUGCUGGCCUUGAGGCGGAUCUCGACUACAUAUGUACAUCCCUGCUAAUCAAUCAUUAAUUAAAGUAUAUCAAAUUGCUUAUAUUCCUUUAAGAAAAUACAUGCACAUGAUCUUUAUUUUAUCAAAAUAUGUUGAGCAAUACAGAUUUUGGAGCAAAUUUUUGCCCCUUUUUUGGGCGGGAAUGCUUUAUAAUGGUUUAACAGUUACAUGUUUGUUAAUUUAUUUAAUUAAUAAUUAAUCUAUUGAUAGGUUAAUUUUAGACAAGUUUAUGAUCACUUUUAUCCCUGAAAAAAAUGCUUUUAAAUCAUACUUUAUGAAAAAAUAUGUUGAGAAAUCUAGAUUUUAGAGCAACUUAUUUAAUGUUUUAAAAGGAAAAAUGCUUAAAAUGGUCACACAUUUUGAAUGGAUUUCCAUACGUUACAAGGUGUCAAAUGUUGAGCGAUAAUAAAUAAUAUAAAAAUCUGUAACUUCACUUAAACUUGACCUAUGAGAAUGGUUUAGGUGUCAUUUUAAAGCUGAUUUUAUGCUCUUUCCAUUGACAUUAAUUGUAAGGGAAUUCAGUUAUGUUGAAAUUUUUUGUCACAUCCCUACAGAUAGAGAUCGAGGCCUAUUCAUCAAAUUUCACACACAAAGCGCACUAUUUAUUUUGGCUUCGACCUUAAUUGAAUCAAAUAAAAAUCAUGUGUAUUUCUGUAGUACAAAAUACUACAAAUGUUGAAUAUCAAUAUC